AUGGUGGGAAACACCACAUCUCCUCCCACUAUUACUGCAGUUGAGAAUACCACAAUCAGUUAUUUGUUGUCCCGGGUUUUGUCCGGUAACAAAAUAUGCAAGGCAACGGCACUUGCUGCAUGUCUUCCCCAGUGGCUUGGCGACAUCGAAGAGAAUAACCCAAUUCCUCCUGAUAUCCCAGAGCUACUAGCUCAUCUUCUGCUCCCAUUUGGCACAUCAUCUACCCUCGAACAAAUCGAGAAGCUCCCACUUCCCGACUCUUUUACUGGUAGUCAGAAGUGGAUGACAAAACUCCACGUCCUCAUGGAUAACAAAGCACAUGAAAAGCUGUUGCAGAAGUUGGAAUCUAUGGGGGAUCAAGAGGUAUCAUUCGAAGAUCUCUGUGAGCAAGAGAACGCUCAAGAAGAUAGGAUGGAUGAUUAUCUUAUCACUGACCCCAAGGGAACCCUACAAUUUGACCAUGAUAUGCGGGAUGUGAUGACCCGGGGCGACAAAGACACAAUGAAAAAGCACCCCGACGUCUUUUACGUGACCGGCUACGUUGCCUGGACGGUUCGAUCUCCUUACUGGAAUGUCGCCUUGGCCACCGAUGAACAAGGUAAUCGACUUCUCUCAGAUGAUGUCUUGGAUAAAGUCCUUCCCAAAUGGAGGCAAAUUCUCACCGGGGAGACGAUCCCGACCCCGAAAUACGGUGUGGUCGAUUCUUUUCGUUCGUGGCUGGCUAGUGAGGAGAAAAAGGCCAGUUAUCUCGGCAAACCUUGGCCAAAUACCCCUAUCAAAAAUGUCUCUUCAGCCUCAGAGCCCAAAUUCGUAAGCCCCAGGACCCCGGAACCCUAUUCUCGCCUUCGCGGCACGAAUGCGAGCGGUCUCUCUCCGCUUGAAUCCACUCCCGAUGUCACCGACGGUGAGCAAACUGAAAUGCUCCGAGAGAUACUCGCAGAAAUUAAAGAAUUGAAGAACAUGAUCAGCCAAAUUACCGACAGGAACGAAGCGCUCGAGUUUACAGAACAUCAAAUGUAUGGAUCUUGGCAUCAGGGCUACCCUCCCAUUCCUCAAGCAAUGCAACCAAACUAUCCCGUGCCACAAGAGGGUCCAUUUGUCGAUGCUCAAUAUUAUGACCCAGUACUUGAGCAAGAUUGGCAACACUGGAACUCACAGUACUAUGACCAAGACCCGACUACCAUGCUAGGCCCCGGACCUGGUUCAGCUCCUCAUAUCUAA